AUGUACUUUCAUUGCUCCAAACCACUCAAUCUCUCUCAAUUUCUCACUCUCUUAGGUUCGGAACCAGGACUCUCACGACCUGCAGUAACUAACAAUAACUUGUUUCCACAGCAGUCAAGUGUUCGAGCACGCGGCGAGAAGAAUACACACUUUGGAAUUACGAACGGAGUAGCAAAAUCGAAUAAGGAGAUGUCUGUUUCUCUGGGAGUUGCAUCAACUCCGUCAAUUCUUGAUGCGAGCGAACUGAAUUGUUCAGAAUUCGAUGAAUUGUGUAGAUGGAGGAAUGUUGACGGAAUGUUUGUGGAUGAACUUGACUGGUAUCAAGGAUCUGGAGAAUUAGAUAAGACGAGAUUAGCAGUUGCAACAGCUACGAAUGUUUUACCUGAAGGACAAUACGCGAUCGCUGCAACCGACAUGAUUCAGUUUCCGACCAUCAAAGCCGUUCUAGUUUCUGACCAAAUCUCUUGUCAAGUUGGAGAUGGAGAGAUCCGUUUUAUUCAAGCAAUUGAAAAGAAUGAUCCGGGACCAGUGUUCAUCAAUAUUCCAGAUCAGGGACCAGUUCCUUUUCAAAUUUAUAUUAUAGCGGAUCACUUUACAUUCAAUUCUGAAAAUCUGAAAGGUGGAUUCGCAAUAAUUGACUCAAUCGAAUACUAUGCAAGAAUGUGUAAUUCUGAAGAAAAGGCAUCAUUUGAUUACAAUCGAAAAGGAUCUGAUAGCGUUCCAUUAAUUCCACUGGCAGAAUCAAAAGAUGAAUUCGAAGAUUCAAGUUCUCAUGUAACGGUAAAAAGAGAAUCAGAUAUUGACUCCUCAUUCGAAACUCUUCAUGCAUUUGAAGCAGUUCCUCCAAUGAAUUUUCAACUUGGAAUUCCGAAAGGAUCAGGAGAACGGACUGGAAUUGUAGAUUUCACUUCGAAACCUGAUGGUCUUUUCAUGAAUUCUAUGAUAAAACUGCGUCGCCCAGCAAGCCAAGAAACCAAUGACAUCAACGAGGAAAUCAUAAACUCAGAAUCAUUCGAUCCCUCAGUUUCCACAGUUUGUGAAUCAAUCGUUUGCUCAUUUAAUGAAACAGAAAAAUGUUCAAACAUGGCAUUACAAUCGGAUUGGAGUAUUGGAACUGGAUCAGUUGGCAAUCCAUUGACAGGCGUGAAGGGAGAUGCUUCAUCACUUCCAUUCAAUGAAAAUGGUUCGUAUGCAUACAUUCAUGGCCCACAAAUGAAAUCUCGUCUUCAGACUCCCUCAUUUAAUGUCGAUAAAGCAGUUACAAUCGUAUUCUCUUAUUACAAGGCCGAUAAAACAAGUCAAUUUCAAGCAAUUUUGAAAAAAGAGAAUAAAGAAGAAAUCGUGGCUUAUGAAGCUCCGAAAUUAACAAGAAAUUCAAGAAGAUGGUUCAGAGAAAGUUUGAAUAUUUCACCAGGACGAUAUGAUUAUAUUGCAUUCGAAGUCGCCAAUCUUCGACCUAAUCAUUAUGUUGGUAUCGAUGAAAUGUUUGUUGUCGAUGAUCGGAGAAAAUCAUUUUGUUUUCACAGCCACUAA